AUGUCUUCCAACGACGCGAAUGGGUUCCCAGCUGGCGUCAGCAGGCAGCUCGACAUCAUCGUGGUUGGAGGCUCCCUCGGCGGCCUCUGCACCGCCCUCGCCCUCAAAUCGCUCCCCCAGCGCCAUCGCAUCACGAUCCUCGAGCGCAACCCCACGCCGCUCCUCCACAAUCAAGGCGCCGGCAUCGUCGCAGGCGGCGACACCCUCUCCUUCUUCAAGCGCUACGAUCGCUGCGACCGCCCCCUCGCCGUCUCCUCCCAGCGCCGGCAAUACCUCAACAAAGAUGGCGACAUCGUGCACAGGAAGGACAUAGUGCAGAACAUGACGAGCUGGGACCUGGUCUACUACAUGCUGCGCGCAAACGUCGACUACGUGGCGAGCCCGUACUGCAAAGCGCCCCCGCGCCGAUCCAACGAAGGCGAGGUGCGGCAUCUGCACGGGCACAAAGUGACGAACAUCGAGGAGAAAGGCGAUAAGGUGGAGGUAUACUACACGACCACGGACGGCAGGGACGGCACCAUGGAAGCAGACUUCCUCGUCGCCGCCGACGGCCCCAGCUCCACCAUCCGCGCCCUCCUCUGCCCGGCCGUCCGCCGCACCUACGCCGGCUACUGCGCCCUGCGCGGCACCGUCCGCGAAUCCAGCGUCUCGCCCGCCACCCGCGCCGCCUUCAGCGAGCGCUUCACCUUCUUCCACACCCGCGGCGUCCAGAUCCUCGCCUACCUCAUUCCCGGCGAAAACGGCACGCUUGCACCCGGCCAGCGCCUCAUAAACUUCGUGUACUACACCAACUUUGCGUCGGACAGUCUGGACGAGCCAGAGCAGGACUUGAGGGAGCUGAUGACGGACGUGGAAGGCGUGAGACACCGCAUCACGAUGCCGCCGGGGAAGACGGAUCCCCGGGCCUGGGAGAAGCAGCGGGAGAUCGCGGGGCAGCGCUUGCCACCGCAGUUUGCGGAGAUUGUGCGGGGCACGGAGAAGCCGUUCGUGCAGGCUAUCACGGACGUCAUCUCGCCUACCAACGAAUUCAUGAGCGGGAAGGUUGUGCUGAUUGGCGAUGCGCUGGCAGGGUUUAGACCGCAUACCGUGGCGAGCACGAGCCAGGCGGCCUUCGACGCGAUGAUCCUGGCGGAUAUGCUGGAGGGCAAGGUGAGCAGAGAGCAGUGGAAGAGGGAGACUAUGGCGUAUGCGCGGACGAUUCAGCGGCGGGGCGUGGAGAUGGGGAAUAGAAGCCAGCACGAGGAUUUGCCGCUCGAGGAGCAUAUUCGCGAUCGGGAUGUGGCGUCGAGACCGCGGGAGGAGGAGGUGUGGCCCGAGUGGGCCCUAGAAGGUCUGUAG